AUGUCUAACGUUCCCGGUGUAACACAACCUCCUUACCCGCUUCAUGAGUCCGUUCGGGACCUGUUGCACCCCGAGUAUGCUGCCUUCUACAACGAAUAUGUCAAGAAUAACCAGCAAGUACAUUUGCAGCCCGUAGCUGCAUCUCGCACUGGCGGGGUCUUGAUUCCUGGCGCUGGGCCAAUGCUAGAGGUUGGCAAGACUCAGGAUAUCACUAUUCAGCGACGGGAGACCGAAGGUCCCCCGAUUGCCAUCCGAGCCUUCACACCCGAGGGAGAUGCACCAGCUGGCGGAUGGCCAGUAAUGCUUUACUUCCACGGUGGUGGUUGGGUUCUGGGCAACAUUGACACUGAAAAUGUGGUGUGCUCGAACCUCUGCGUUCGCGGCAACUGCGUGGUAGUGACUGUCGAUUAUCGUCUUGCUCCUGAAGAUCCUUUCCCUGCUGCAGUUCACGACUCCUGGGAGGCUUUGUUGUGGUUGGUGGCGGAUGGCCCCGCCGCGCUGUCAAUCGACAUGUCCAAAAUUGCAACGGGUGGAUCCUCGGCCGGUGGUAACCUCGCUGCCAUUAUGACCCACAAGGCCCUGAACCUUUCGCCCCCUGUCAAGUUCUCGGCUCAACUGCUCUCCGUCCCUGUCACAGAUAACACAGCCACCGUCGAGAACAAUGACUCCUAUCGUCGAUACGAACACACUCCUGCUUUGCCUGCGCCGAAAAUGAUCUGGUAUCGCAACCACUACCUGCCGAAGGAAGAGGAUCGGAAAAACCCCGAGGCUAGCCCCUUGUUUUACAAAAAGAACUGGGCCCAGCUCCCUCCAGCUCUGGUAAUGGUUGGCGAACUGGAUGUGUUACGAAGUGAGGGCGAGCAAUAUGCUGAGAAGCUUCAGAAGGCUGGCGUGCCUGUAGAUCUCCAGGUCAUGACGGGUAUGCCUCAUCCAUUCCUCGCAAUGGAUGGCGUCCUCUCUGAAGGCAAGAGAUGUAUUACACUGAUGUGCGAUGCUUUACAAAAAGCCUUCUGGAGCUCAUAG